GGGAACCCGCCCAAUCCGCCGCCACCCGCUCCCGCCGCGGUCAAGGCCACAGGGGGUUUGUGCCUGCUGGGUGCCUAUGCUGACAGCGAUGAUGAGGAGGGUGAGACCCCGGAGAAGCCGGCCCGUUCCACGGAUGCCAACGGCAGCAGCUCUGCUGACAUCGACAGCACGCUGGCAAACUUCCUGGCUGAGAUCGAUGCCAUCACAGCCCCUCCACAGCCAGCUGAGCCCACCACUGCCUCCUCUUCCUCCUCCUCCUCCUCCGUGCCACCCCCCACGCCUCCCCGCCCGGAGCCGAAGGAUUCGGGCACAUCAUCGGGCACAGCCAAUGGCACGGGCUCGGCGCCAGCCCCCGAGUGGCAGUACGACACCCAGUGCUCGCUGGCUGGAGUGGGAGAGUUGGAGAUGGGUGACUGGCAGGAAGUGUGGGAUGAGAACACCGGCUGCUACUACUAUUGGAACACCCAGAGCAACGAGGUGACCUGGGAGCUGCCACAGUACUUGGCAACCCAGGUCCAGGGCCUGCAGCAUUACCAGCACAGCAGCACCGUGGCAGGCACCAAUGGCAGCUUCGUGGCAGCCACGGAGCCGUUCCCUCAGGAGAAGGGGACCCCAGGCAGCGCUGGCCGUGGGACCAGCCUCAGCAAGCGGGAGGUGAAGAAGGAAGUGAAUGAAGCAGUGCAGGCUCUCUCCAACAGUGAGGAAGAGAGGAAGGGAGUGGCUGGGGCUCUCCUGGCCCCACUCGUGCCUGACGUGGUGAAGGAGGAAGAGGAGCGCUGGAGGAGGAAAGUGAUCUGCAAAGAGGAGGUUGAGCCGCCUCUGGAAGAGGAGGCAAAAGUGGAAGAGGCGCCGGCUGCUGCAGAAGAGCCAGAGCCCAGCAGGGACCCCCUGGAAGACACGGGGCAGGAGGAUCUGUGCAGUGUGGUGCAGUCGGGGGAGAGCGCGGAGGAGGAGGAGGAGCAGGACACACUCGAGCUGGAGAUGGUUCUGGAGAGGAAAAAGGCAGAGCUGCGUGCCCUGGAGGAAGGCGACGGCAGCGUUUCGGGCUCCAGCCCGCUCUCCGACGGGAGCCAGUCGGCCUCACAGGACGCGUCCCGCAGGCUGGCCUCCAAGAGAGGCAAAUGGAAACUGUUUGUGGGAGCUGCCAGCCCAGAGUCCGCCAGCCGGAGCUCCAGCAAAACGGGCCGGGACAGCCCAGAAGCAGGAGAAGCAGCCCCGAGCAUGGAAGCAACUGAUCCAACCUCAGACAAAGAGGCAGAAUCUGAGGAGCCCCAGGAAAAAGCCAAAUCACAAGGGGCUCCAAAAAUGGAAGAGGAGGAGCAGGAUCUGAAGUUUCAGAUUGGAGAGCUGGCAAAUACUCUGACUAGUAAAUUGGAGUUCCUGGGCAUCAACAGACAAUCUAUCUCCAACUUCCACAUGUUGCUGUUGCAGACAGAGACCCGCAUUGCAGACUGGCGAGAAGGCGCCCUCAAUGGAAACUACCUCAAACGCAAACUCCAAGACGCAGCCGAACAGCUUAAACAAUACGAAAUAAACGCCACCCCUAAAGGCUGGUCCUGCCACUGGGACAGGAUCUCUGGAUCAACUCUUCUGACCAACAGCUCUUCCAAAGGACAAACUUCAACUCACCGACGGAACGAAGAACAAGAUUUCUGUCUCCUGCCAGCAGGGAGCAUAGACGCUAUUUCUAUGUUAACGAGCGCUCGGGAGAGUCGCAAUGGGAGUUCCCCGAUGGGGAGGACGAAGAGGAGGGACAGCAAGGCGCCGUUGACAGAAAACCCGACGGUCCUCCGAAGCCACCUCCCAAAGACAAAGGAGAGCUCGCCGAGGGGCCGGCUGAGCGCCCCGCAGUCCUCCGUCCCCGUCCUCCAACCUCCCUUGCCUUUGGAAAUGCCUCCACCGCCUCCGCCCCCCCCAGACUCACCGCCUCCCCCUCCACCGCCACCCCCACCGCCUGGAGAAGAUGGGGAGAUCCAGGAAGUGGAGAUGGAAGAUGAGGGGGGCGAGGAGCCGCCUGCCCCAGGAACAGAGGAAGAUGCUCCCCUGAAGUCCCUGGUGCGCCCCGCUGCCAGCAGCAGCCAGGCUGCUGUUGAUCCAAGCCCAGCCCCGCUGCUCUCGGCCAAGCCGCAGAAGAGGAAAGCAGUGGAGAUGAGCCCGGGGGUGAUGCAGCGCACGGCCACCAUUGGCAGCUGCCCCGUCAUCUACAGCCAGCCCCUGAUGGCCACGGGCAAGUACCAGCCAUCGGCCGUGCCCCUGGCCUCCCUGAGGCCACGCCAGCGCCUCCAGAAUGAGAUCCAGGGACGCCCCAACCUCCGCAUGGCUCCAGGCCCCGCCGGCCCUCAGCCCACGGCGCUGGGGCUGCAGUCCAGCUACUUGGGUGUGACGGGACCUGCCGCGCCUUCCAUGAUGGGAUACUCGGGGGGGCCACAGACACCCCCGCCGCCCACCCCCAAGGCGCCGCCGCCUCCAGAGAAGGAGAAGCCGAGGAAGGGGCGCAAGGACAAGAGCAAGAAGGGAAAGACAAAGAUGCCGUCACUGGUGAAGAAGUGGCAGAGUAUCCAGCGGGAGCUGGAUGAGGAGGAGAAUUCCAGCUCCAGCGAGGAGGACCGGGAGACCACAGCCCAGCGGCGCAUUGAGGAGUGGAAGCAGCAGCAGCUGAUGAGUGGCAUGGCCGAGAGGAACGCCAACUUCGAGGCACUGCCAGAGGACUGGCGCUCACGGCUGAAGCGGAGGAAAACGGCCUCGAGCACAUGAGGCAUGCAGUGCCAUGCCCACCUCUUGGGGGUUUUUUGUUUUGUUUUGUUUUUUUUUACAGAUGUACAGUUCCUUUUACCAUUGUCCAAUAAAUCGUAGCAGUUUGGGAAGUGCCAUCUCAUUGAUGCUGCUG